AUGGCAGUUAAUAAAGACCCUUCACUAGCCUAUAAAGAUAUCAAAUUAUAUACAGAUUAUAACUUAGAUUAUUAUGAGAGUCUUUUAGGCAAAGACAUUAGAGAUGUUCCACACUCGACGAGUUCUAAAAUUAUGAAAGAUUCUAAUAAUCUUUUAGAAUCAGUAUUAAAAAAAAAUAUUGCAUCUAAGUCAGACUCUAAUUCAUUGGAUAGUGUAGAUGGUACAGUCAGUUUGAAGAAUGUAAAAAAGAAUUUUCCCUAUUUGCAGUAUAAGCCAUGUGUGUCGUUCGAUACUGUACCUAUCUCGUCUCCAAGUAAAGAUACUUUAAUUGAAAAAGAAUAUCCAAGUUAUGAUUUUCCAGGAGUUCAAAUCCCACCCGAGUUGUAUACUAUGGAUGAAUGGUAUGAUACAGAGAGUGGAUAUGCUGCCAAUGACAACAGUGAAUAUUUUAUUCAUAACAACUAUCUAACCUCUGAUUCGUCAUUCGAUUUCCUUAACAGCGGUAACGAUAAUAAUAACGAUAUUGAUAAUAAUAUUAGUAAUAACAGUAACAACAACAGUAACCCUUCUUCCUCUGCAUAUAGAAAGAGGGCCUCUUCUCCGACAAGAAUUAAGAGUCAUAAUACUCUAAGACAGAUGCAAAAUACCUUCAAACUAUCUAUUGGUGGGAAAAUAGUAAGAGAGGAUUAUCCCAGUAGGCCAACAGUGGAUAACGAUGCAAUGGUUAUCAACAGAGCUUAUGGUCGAUGGAAUGUAUUGUGGAAUAAACGUAGACUUCAAAUUGAUGAUAGAUUAUUGAAUAAAACAGUAUUUUUCAAGUACUCAAAUAUUUUGUUUCCUGAUUUAAACAAGGAUAAGAAAAAAUUGGAUGAUGACCAAGUAAAUUUAUCCAAUGGAAGCGACAAAGAAUGGGAACUUAUGACUAGAAAAGAGAAAAAGCGAUGGUUGAUCAUGAAUGAAGUGGUUGGUUAUCCAACUGGUCCAAAGACUAUUUUAUGUCAUAUUAGUGGUAGAAAGCAUACUUGGGUUGGGUUGGAUUACACUAUAAUGAAAUUAGCUCAGGACACUGAUCAUGUUGUCAUUGUAGCAAAUUUGAAUAAGUUAAGAAAAUGUGCUCAUUCAAAUUAUAGAUAUAUUUCUUCAAAUAGUUUUGACAGAAGACGGAAUCACUGUCAGCAUCGACAUACUGCUACAACUACUGCCUCUACCACUAACCGUAGCCGCCAUCAUAAACGUCAAGCUUCUUAUACUUUGGCAUUGUCUGAUUUGAGCAUUAGAAGUAAAUCUAUUUCUAGGGAUGAAAAUAUCACUACUGUUAGUAGUACUGCUAGUGACGGUGAUGACAAGAUCGGUAUUAAAUUGACUAAGACAAAAUCCAUGGAUCCAGAUUUAGUAUCUUAUAAAAGUUAUAUAAGUGAUAAUGAUAGCAAUUAUGAUGAAGAUGAGGAUGAGGACGACGGAGUAGAUCCACAAUGGGCUUAUGGAUAUGACAGACAAAGUAUUAGUGACAAAUUAAAGGACAUUCUUCUAUAUAUUAGUGUCUUAUUAUCAAAACAUCCAACAUCAAUUAAAGUUACAGUGGAAAUUGUGAUUGGUAAAUCCGUCAACAUCUUAAAUGAAAUGGUUAAUGUUUAUAUGCCUGAUUUAUUUGUGAUGGCAAAGAAAAAGGUUACGUCUGAAAUUCGUUGGCAUUCUGUUCAUUUGACUGAUAAGUUUUUGAAACAUUCCCCUGUUCCCAUAUGUGUGGUAUUUGUUAAACCAAUGUGUCAGUUUGAAAUAGAUUUAGCUAAUCAAUUUUCAAAUGAUUCGAAUACAAUAACAGAAACAGAAACAAUAGUAGAUGUAGAUGAAAGAAAAAAGGACAAACCAGUAUCUAUAAAAGCUAAACACUCUUUGGAACAAUUAGAUAAAUGGAUCAUAAGUUCAAUUGAAAGUGGUAGUAAGAUGGCACGUCCACAAGCACAGCCGAAAAUGAUGAAAUCAAUGAUUGAGAUUGCUCUUGCCAACAAUAAAGCUAAGAGUAGUCAUAGAAAAACACGUAGCAACAGUAGCCAUGAUAUGCUUACGAGAAACACAAAGUUAAGGACUCCAACUGAAUCACCAUUAAGGCGUGAACUAGUGCGUUCUGAUAAGAUUAAUUCAUCUAGUACCCUUGGUGUCCCACUAAGUAAGACAAGGACGAUAUCCACUGCAAAGCCUGUUAAGAAUUGGAGUACUGAUAAGAAUAGUUUAAGAAAGAUUAAAUCCAGCACCCCAGACGAUGUUCCAAGAAGUCAGCACUAUAGUAAUGGAAAUAGUAGUAGUAGUGGGGGUAGUGGUGGUGGUGGUUUCUUUUCUUCGUUAUUUAAAAGACGUUGGUAA